UGAGUUUCAAACUUAACGUUUCCCGCCCAUUACACCCACCUUCUUUAUUAGCCCUAAUUUCUCAUUCUCCCCCAAUUCAACACAUUUCCACUCUGAUCUUCUCAGAAAUCAACACACUUUCUGUCAUGGAAGACACUCUCAAAGAUCAAACAUCUGUCUCCGGAACCAAAGGUGGCAAAUCGUCUAAGCUUCUUAGGUAUCCUCUCAGAUCUGCAUCGAAACCCAAGGAUGAUAAGCUUUCGGCUUCUUCUCCGUCGAUAGCUUCUGCUUCUAGAAGGGGAAAACCUGCGUCAAGUGUGAGUCAAAGUGUCGAUGUGCUUGAAACGUCUGCCAAAGAGAAAUCUGCUAAACCUCCUAGGAGGCUUUCCAUCCCCAGCAAGCCAAUUGCCAGUCCUGCCACUAAAUCAGUUGGCUACAUCACUCCAAUAUCCGAAGCUAGAGCUAAAAGGACCAGCGUUAUCAAGGGUAAAAGCGUCACACCAGGUUCAGAUGUUUCAAGAUCCUUAAGUCAAAGAAAGUUCACUGUUUUGUCUUCAGCUUCAUAUUGGCUCUCUCACAUUAAACUGUCUGAAGCUGCUGGAAAACAUCAGUUAUCACUCGGGUUUUUCAAGCUUGCUCUUGAUGCAGGGUGUGAGAAUGUUCAGCUAUUGAAAGAUGAGCUAAAGUCGUAUGCUUGCCGCCACAAUCUUGGAGAAUCUGCAAAAGAAGUGUUUGACGGUUAUGGCAUACAAGAAAGCGUUGAACAGCUGCAAGCUUCUGUAACGUGUUCCCACGUGCCAGAAGACGAUGAUGCACAUAGCUUGUCUUCUGCUACUGGAGCUUCAAAACUAAAACCGAAAUCCUUAACUAACAGUGCCAGCUCAGUAGCAAAGGAAUCAGUUAGAGAAGCUACACAAAAGAGUCAUUCUGUAUCGAAAACUAAAGCUCCAAUGAUCAAGAAGAUCGAAAAGAAUGGGAAGAAGACAAUCAAACAAGAAUCUAACAAAGAGAAACAAAAGGUUAAGACCGACCCAAUGAAACCGGCUGAUGAAAAAGCUCAAUUGGACACCUCUCCUAAUGAGGCAGUGAUAGAAGAAAAUAAAGAGAACAUGGAUGCUCCUCCUCUUCCUCAAGUGGAAGAGGUGAGCUUGGAGGCUUGAAGAAUGGUAUAAAAUAUGAACAUGAAGCUUUGCGUGAAGAUAUCUAAAGUUUUUACGUUGUUUGGUCAUGUCUUCAAUGUUUUACUGGAGGCUUUUCCUUUGUAUAGAUGGAUAGUAGGUGUGGUGUGCAAAUUCAUAACUAUGGAUUUUUUGUUUUAUUUUAUGUUUUGUUAUUUGCUUGUUGGAUGAUUGUUCAGUGGUAUGUUGGGAUUCAUAUACUGCUAGUCUUGUUUUUCUCAACUUGUGAGAUGUAUU